UGCUAUCAAAAUCGUCGUUUAUUAAGUCCAUAUGUUUACUAUAUGACUGAUUGCUGUUCCUAUACAUUUUAUAAGGUUGGCGUAUGAAAUCUAUUGAAAUUGUUUAUGUGAAAAAGUCAUAUGAAAACCUUAUAGAAAUAUAUUUCAUGAUGGCGAAAAAAGCAGACCAGUCGAAGCAAGAGGAUGGUGAACAUAUUUGGAAAAAGAAAGUAUGACUCGACCGCGCUAUUUAUCAUUCCUACGAUCAAACAUCUCCUCAAAACCCGGCCAUAAAGUCAGAACCGGUAGCCAUGUCGAUGAGCGGCACGACGAGUUGCGCGAUUUGGUUCUGUGCCAGGGCAGGUCAAACCCGAACUUUAAUUUGCUUCCAGGUCUUGAAGGCGCAGCGCAACUCAUACCUGUUCUUCGACGCGAUCCGUUUCCGGCGUUAUCAGUGAGCAGCUGAAGCAACCGGCUGUUUAAAACCAACGACAAGAUUAACCAUACACUUUCGCCGUCGGAAAUUUACGAGUCGCAACAUGAGGUCAUGCUGCAGUGGACGUGGAGUUUGAGGUGGUGCCGUUUCCUUCACACUUCCCGAUGUUCGUCUAACAUCCCUUAGUCUCGUUCUGUUAAAUGCAGCAGCAGCAUCACGAUGACGAUGUCGUUAUUAACCGGAAAUUUACGACAAAGCCACCGGUAGUGACGCAACGUAGUAGCGCAAGCGAACGGCCCAAGCGAGUGCCACCGCCACAGUUACAAGACGUCAACCAGGAGCAUAUUGUUUUAACCCUUUUCAUCCAGGAUCGUGAUCAAUUCGAAGGAAAAGCAGAAGGUCAUCAACGAGAAGCGGACGAUGCAAACAUAAUCGAGAUCACCUCCGUAUGUAUGCAGUUAGACCACGUGUCCGACCACGAGCGUUCCAACAGUUCCCGAUCGACCCGAGACGAUCCUCACCCAUCGGUCGAAGGAACGAUCCGCGUACACCGGUGCCCAAGCAACAUUAACAGCGACUUGGGGGACUGAAUGUGAAAACUAGUUGAUGCGUCCUAGAUUCAAAAGCGGCCACGACCAGUAGUGAGACUCGUAUAAU